UUGACAUUUAUAGAAUUCUAAAAUCCAUUUUUUAAAUAACUUCUAGAAUCAGAAUUGCGGUUUCCAAAAUAAGUACACCUAAAUACAUACUAUCGCCAUUUCUUGUGGGGAAAUAAAAUGUUUUGCUCAUUUAAUUCUGGAUGCUAAAUGCUAAACGAGCGUAAUCUGCGAGCUUAUGCUCUGUAGCACAUCGCUUUCAUGUGUACAAGAGUUUUAUUGAUAGUUUUUUGUUGAGUUUGGAGUGUUACAAACUUUUAACCAAAAUGACGGUCGACGGUGACGAGAAGAAACCCCAGCGGGAUCGUGUGUUUAUGGAUAUUUCGAUCGGAGGCCUGCCCUCCGGCCGUAUAGUUUUCGAGUUGUAUAACGACGUAGCCCCGAAAACCGCGGAGAACUUCCGGGCUCUUUGCGCAGGGGACAUGGGUGUGGGGAAGGUUACUGGCAAACCAUUAACCUAUAAGGGUAUGGUAUUUCAUAGAGUCGUGAAAGACUUUAUGAUCCAAGGAGGUGACUUUACUAAUGCAAAUGGAACUGGUGGAGAGUCCAUUUACGGUGGCACUUUUGAAGAUGAAUCCUUUGAACUUAAGCAUGAUAAGCCGUAUUUGCUGUCCAUGGCUAACAGGGGCAAGGACACAAAUGGUUCGCAGUUCUUUAUUACAACACAGCCGGCGCCGCAUCUCGACAAUGUGCACUGUGUGUUCGGCGCGGUGGUGGGCGGUGCGACGCUGGUGCGGCAACUGGAGGCGCUGCCGGUGGACCGCAACGCGCGCCCUCUGCAGGACGUCGCCGUCGCCAACUGCGGCCAGCUCGUGCAGCUCAAACACGCCAAAAAACGCAAGCAGGAUAAAAACAAAGAAAAAGAGAGCGGUGAGGAAUCGGACCAAUCUCAUAAGAAAGAUAAAAAGAAGAAGAAGGAUAAGAAGAAAAAACGGCAUCAAUCCGAGCGGUCCGCUGAUGAGGAGCCGCCGGAAGCUCCUUCUCACCCCCUGGUCACCACGUCCAAGAUCGACCCCAGAGAAAUACCCGAAGUGCCUGCUAAUAGAUUCCUGAUGAGAGGCGGCCGUGACCAGGACAAUGACAGGAAUGAUCCUAGGAGGGACAGGGAAAGGAUGCGCUAUCGCGAACGAGAGCGUCACUCUUACACCCGCAGUGGAAGAAUCAUAAAGGGACGUGGAGUGUUUCGCUACCGCACGCCGUCUCGUUCUCGGUCGCGCUCUCGCUCGGCGACGCCACCCCACUGGCGCCAGGCCCAGCGACGUAUCGUCAAACUGGCACACUUGGAGAUGGACAGAGAACAGCCAGAGCAGGGCUUGCAAAAGAGCAGGCCUAUUGAAAAGCUACCUAACAUAGAGGGUGAGGAGGGCACUCCGGAAAGACCUCCGGAGAAAGAGGAGGGCGAAUGUGAUACACCUGUAGACACAUCGCGUAAUGAAAGAAUUGACUAUAACGCACUCGACUUUGAGGAGGAGGUUGAACACGAUGACGAUCGAGAUCUUGCUUACAAACGCAAGCCGGCUCGCAAAAGGCCUACGCAAAAGCACUGGACUGGCGGGGAACGCGCCGAUAUGUUGGCGAGAGCGCUGGGCGUCAAUCCAAAGCAGCGGGAAUCGCUUACCAGAGACAUAAGUAUCAGAGAUUCUAGAGACACCAGGGAAAACAGAGACAACAGAGAAACCAGAGAGUAUCGCGAACCCAAACGCCGCGAAGGUCUAGCUUCCGCUGUGAGCUAUGCAGUGCCUAAGCUAUCCUCCGCUAUCAACUCAGUGACCCCGGAUGACCAGAUGGUCGAAUCGCCAAAGGAUGACGACAACAAGGGCUAUGAUCCUUUCAGCCUUUUGCGCAGUCAGUUCACCAGGAAUAAGGAAAAGAAGGAUGUUGGGAAAGAAAUUCCUCUGGAAAGACGUGAAAAAGAGAGACCGAAAGAGGACGACAGACGUGAUAGAUAUAGGAGUGAAAGAGGUCGCCAACAUUCCUCAUUCCAACACGAUGAUCGAAGUAAUAUUGAUGAUAGACCAGAAUAUACGAGAUAUGAUUCGGAGAGAGAUGUUCGCGAUCGCAAACAAUAUGAAAAUGAAGGUGAUAAAGAUAAAGAUCGUUUCAAAAGUUCAGGAACCAAGGAACGGAAAGAUAAGUCUUACAAUAGAAGUGAGAAAAGAACGUCGCAAGAAGUUGAAAAAGGAGAUGACUCCAAAGAUAUAUCUGAUAAACGUGAGAAAGAUGUGUCGAAAGAUAAAGACAAAAAACUUAAAAAUAAAAGUGAAAAUCGUGAGAGAUCAACUGAGAGAAAAGCAAAACGCGAUAAAUCUAAAGAUAACGAAGAAAGAAGAGAAAAAUCUGAAGAUGGAAAUAAGAAGAGAGAAAAAUCAUCAGAAAAACGUGAUAGGUCAAGAGAAAGAGACGAUACAUCAAGAGAGAGAAACGAGAAAAGAGAACGCUCUCAUGAAAGAGACAAGCGUGACAAAUCUCAGGAAAGAGGUAGCCAAAGAGAUGUAGAUGAGAAAUCUAAAGAUAAGAGUGAGAAAUCAAGAGAAAAGGACGGUAGGCUACAAUCUAGAAUCAAAGAGAGCAGGUGGGAUAAUACGCGGGAUAAAUCUGGGGACAGGGAAGAAAAAUCCAAGGAAAGCAACGAAAACCGGGACAGGUCCCGAGAAAAGGAAGUACGUUCCAGGGAAAGGAAGAGCAAGUGGGACAAAUAUGAGGAUAAGAGAGAGGGAUCGAGCGAGAAGGCGGAUAAAGGAGAUGGCAAGGCUAAUUCCUCUAAGGAGAGGUCAAGUUCGAGUAAUCGCGACCGGAAGAGUCAAGAAAAUCCAGAAAAAGGUGACAAAACGAAGGAGGAAGAAAGAGACGAAGCUCGAAAAGAGUUGAUGGAGAUAGUAAGACUCAUCAAGUCCAGACAGAAGCAGAGGGAAAACAAAGCUACAGGGGGCGUGAGUAAGAAACCCCGCUCUAAAAGCAGGUCGGCCGAUCGCGAGGAAGAAAAGUCUCGAAGACGUCGAUCCUCGGAACGCGGUAGACGCAGCCGUAGUAGAGGAAACCGGCCCCGCCGCUCACGAAGUCCUCGCUCUCGCCGCACCAGACGAUCUUCGUCCUCCAACUAACCAUGAUGCGGAAAAAAAGUUCUUACUUAAAAUAGCGCAUCCAUCACAUAUACAAUGUGUAACAGAAUUAAGAAAUAAUGUUGAAGGAUGCAUAAGUAUAUUUCAUAAAGAAUCAAAAUAUGAAAAUAUUAAAUCAAUGGAAGCAUAUUUAUUUU